CAAAUGGCAAAUGUUGUGCAAAAGGAGAGUUGCAUGAUAUUAAUUAAAUAUAUUAAUGCAUAAACGGUUUCUCGGAUAAAACCCAAAUGCACAUAAUUUACUUUUGUACAUAAAAUUAACGUUUACCUAGAAAUAAUUUCUAUAAUCGCUGUAAUAUAAAUAAUAACUUCGUAAAUACGUUUUGUUUGUUACAAAUUUAAUUGCAUUUGAUACUAUUUCAUUAUUUUUAACUGUUAAAAAUGGUAUAUUAUGUCGUGAAUUAUAUUUAAAGGAAACGAAAUAGUAACUAUGGUGGAGCCAUCAAUUUACAAGUUUACCACAGCUGAAGGGGGUGCUCGUCUUGCUGCAAUUGCAUCUGAACGUAACACCCUUGCUGUGGAAUACUCAAAUUUCAUUGCAACCAGGCUGGUCUAUGAAGAAGCUUAUAAGAUACGAGGGUCGCUCUAUGAUAAUAAGCAGAGAUCAGUGCACGUGACAAGAGAGGAUCGUAUAAAAUGCACCGCCUACGAUCUGAGGAUUAUGACCGACUUGUCGUUGUGUGAGGCUGAGAAAUACGAUGAUGUGUAUGAUUGGUACGCGGAACUUGAUAAGAAAGAAGUUUUGGUCUGCACUUCAGUAGUUUUAAAACGAAUUCUAGAAGAGGGAAUAAUAUCAAUGGAGAAUAUAAAUGUUCUAAUAAUUGAUAGCUGUCAUUUAAUAGUGACCGACGAGAAUUUGAAAUAUAUUAUGCAAGUUUACAAAGAUAGUGAAGAAUCAAAAAGACCCCGAAUACUUUCGUUGACAUAUCCUCUCUUUGGAUCGCACAAAAAAUCUGAAGACAUUCAUAACGACAAACAGACAGAUAACUCUGAAGAUUCAAACGAAAUAGACUCAAGUAAUUUGAAAGAUAUGCUGGUAGAAGAAGAGAAACAUGAUAAUGAAAGGUCAGAAAAAGAUAUCAGACACUCUCAAACUGAUUCACAGAAUGAAAUUACAUGUGACAGUGACAUUGGAUCUUUGAAAGAUACAAAAACAGAUGCAGAACAGGAUAUAGUUGCUGAAGAUAAAUCAUUAGAGAACGAAAAUAUAGAUGAUUUCGAUAUGUAUGAGAAGUUGGAGUGGAAAAUUGAGCAACUGGAGAAUGAGUUGUGCUGUAAAAUGGAUCUUGCUGAAGACAUCGACACAGGGAAAAGAACAGCGGCGGCAUCCACCAAACCAAAUGAACUGAUAGUCGAAUACUGUCCUCGGAGACCUGAUAGCGAGCUCUCAGAGGAUUACUUGGAGCUGGAGAGCUACAUGAAGAGGACCGUUGAAGACGUCGCGGAGUUUGUUAAUGAUCACAGACACGAUCCCACCGAGAUAUACGGAGACGAGCUGUACGAGGAGUUCAAGAACAUUCCGGACCCGACGACCGAACCCAAAAUGAUGUUCAAACAGUUCUUACAUGUUCUAGAAGAACUGGGUCCUUACGCAGCCGACAAAGCGGCCUUUUCGAUAUUAACGAAAUUAGAGAAGUUAAAAAUUAAAGUGCCGUACGAACGACAUUUCCUCUUGUUGUGCCUCUGCACGACCGUGUUCGUCAGGAUACGAUGUUACGCGGACCUUGUGUUCGGGAAGCUGGAGUCGGACUGGGACCGAAUCCGGGCCUUCUCGACGCCGAAAAUACUGAGGUUGGCCGAAAUAUUAGAGAGGUUUCGGCCGCCCGAUACACCUCACGACGAAGGUAAAAGGAACGGCCUCGCUCAGAACGAAGCCGCCGCCAACUCGAAGGAUUCGUUCGCCGAAACAUCGAGUUGCAUAACGGAAAGCGAAAGCUCUAGCACCAUCACUAGUAAUUCGAGUUUACGUACCGAUAGCGGACAUAUGAUUCUCGAGUCUAGCAAUACCGACAAAGAAAAUGUUGCCAGUUUAAAUAAUGCAGUUAAUGUAGUCGCGGAGCUGUGCGGCUCUACAGAGGAUGUUAAGAACGGUGACAAUGGCGGGUGUCCAAAUAACACAAGCCCAAAUGAAACCGAUAAUAAACAAGUGAAGACCGAGCCUGAUGAUGAAAAAAUCAAAUCGAAAACUCUCGAAUUAUUGAGUGCUAUAGAUAAAUGUGAUUUCGCGUAUUUAGCCGAUAGGAUAGAAGAUAAAGUCAACGCUUACGAAGCUAACCUGAAAGAGAUAGACGUUUACAUUGACAAGUGCGAUAGAGAUGGGGAUAGCGAAGCGAAUGAGACCGGGGCACAGGAAGAGAGAAAGUCAUAUUGUAAUGAAAAGAUCCCCCAGCCUAACCUAGAUCCGCUCCAGGUCAAGCCGAGUCCUCUCAGACGUUCCGGGAAUCGCGUCAGAGGCAGGACCAAACUCAGGAACAACGCCAAUCGAACUCAAAACACGGGACAGAAUCCUGACGCCCUGUGCGGCGUUUUAUUCGUCAAGGAACCGCUUAUGGCCAAAAUUCUCUUCAUGAUUAUCGCGGACCUGUCCCGUUGUCAUCCGAAGUUAUCGUACGUGUGCGCCCAGUACUGUGCAGUAGAGAACCCUGAAGAGUCCCUAGAGCCCAGAGAGUGCCAGCGACAGAAUAAGAAACACGAAGAUGUUCUCAAGAAGUUCCGGAUGCACGAGUGCAACCUGCUGCUGGCCACGGCGGCGCUGGAGGAGGGCAUCGACCUGCCGCGCUGCAACCUCGUGCUGAGAUGGGACGCGCCGCCCUCGUACCGCUCGUACGUGCUGUGCCGCAGCCGCGCCCGCGCCGCCCGCUCCGCGGCGCUCGCCCUGCUGCGGACCGGGGGCCCACUGCUCGACACGCUGCCCAUCUACAGGGAACUCGAUCAGAUCAUAACGCGGAAAUGCGGAUGCGGUAUACAGAAUGAACCGACACAACAACAGGAGGAUGAGGCCGACACAUUCACCGGACUCAUUAAGCCCUACGCACCGAAUGAUAAUAAAAAAGAUGUAUUGAGAAUGGAACCACCGAUCGACCAUAUGAAGGAUAGCAAGAAAGAAACUAAAUUAAGUGAAAACUAUGUAACCGUGUCAGACGUUAGUGAUGUUAAUGAAUUAAACGAUAAAAGGAAUGUAAAAGAAAAAGAAGAUAAAAAGAUUGAAUGGACUAAAACAGAGGACGUCGAUGUUAUCUCAAAUAAGUCCGAAAGUGAUUUGUGUCAGACUUGUAAUGACAGUGAUCCUUGUCCGAGUGAAGUGUCCAAAGUGUACAGUGAUCUUAAGUAUGAUGUCAAGUGUGAGAACGAGACGGGUGGCAGUGUGGAUCUUAGUUCGGCCAUAGCUUUGAUUAACAGGUACUGUGGAAAGCUUCCCUCCGACACGUUUACUAGGUUGGCCCCUCAGUGCUGGACGGACAAGGUUCGACUCCCUGGUCGGGACGGUGUCGAACGGGACGCAUACAUCUGCACGUUGAGGCUGCCACUGAACUGUCCUGUUAAAUAUAAUAUUGUCGGCCACCCGAUGCCGAGUCGAGUGCUGGCGCGGCGCAUGGUGGCGCUGCAGGCCUGCAGGAUACUGCACAGGUCCGGAGAGCUGGACGACCAGCUGCAGCCCAUAGGAAAAGAGAAUUUCAAGGCAGCCGAACUCGAUUCCCGCGACAGUUCGGAGGAGGGCGGCGAGCUGGCGCGGCCCGGCACCACCAAGCGCCGCCAGUACUACUACAAACGGACGGCGUCCGCGUUCACGGACUGUCAGCCGAUAGAGGACAGCAGCGACACGGAGGUGGACCCGCCCGACGGCGUGCCCAGGACGAUGCCGACGCCCAGGCCGGAGCCAAAGCCAGGCGAGAAGAGGAACGUGCUGUACCUGUUGUCGAGCGAGUUGCGCUGCGCCCUGCCGGAGCGGUACAACACGCGAGGCCGCCGCCUGCACGCGCCGCAGCACGCGCACCACGCGCUCGCGCUGCUGCUAGCGCGGACCGACACGGACUUGCACUUGCAGGUGCCGGCGUUCCCGGUGUACACGCGCUCGGGCGAGGUCCGCGUGAGUCUGCAGCACGCGCCCGACGCCGACGUGAGGAUCUCGCCGCGCAGAGGACGCCUCGUGCGCAGGUUCAUGCGCUUCGUGUUCUCGGAGGUGCUGCGCGUCCGGCGGCGCGGCAUGAGGCUGCAGAGCGAGGGCUCCACGCACAACAACUACUACGUGGUGCCGACGAUAAAGACCGUAAAGGAGGACGGUACUCCGAAAAUCGAUAUCGACUGGGCGUUCUUGGAGCUGAUAUAUAAACAUACCGAGGAGAAGAAGAGCAGCGAAGUGGAGAAACCGAUGCUGUGGAGGAACGAAGACGAGGGGGAGGAGGGAGAUGAGGGGGAGCAGGGGGGUGACGUCAGCGGGAAGCAGGUGAAGCAGAAAGGGAAAGUGAAGAAGAUGGACAACCCGCUCCUGAAGCCGGGCGAGGUGUUCGUGUUUGACCCCGACAAGUACAAGGAGGCGGUCGUGACGCCGUGGUACAGAAACCAGGACCAGCCGCAGUACUUCCUGGUGGCAGAGAUAUGCUGGCGCCUGAGUCCCGACUCCGUGUUCCCGUCGGCGAGCCACGCGACCUUCCGCGACUACUACCAGAACAAGUACGGCGUCACCAUCACGCAGAGCAAGCAGCCGCUGCUGGACGUGGACCACACCAGCGCCAGACUCAACCUCCUCACUCCCAGAUACGUGAACCGCAAGGGCGUGGCGCUGCCCGUGUCGUCGGAGCGCACCCGCCGCGCCAAGCGCGAGCGCCUCGACCAGAAGCAGCUCCUACUGCCCGAGCUGUGCCGCGCGCAUCCCUUCGCCGCGCCGCUGUGGGCCGCCACCGUCGCGCUGCCCUGUGCGCUCUACCGUAUAAACGCGUUGCUAAUCGCGGAGGAGAUCCGUCGCUCGGUGGCCGUGGAGGUCGGGCUGGGCAUCCCGCACCCGCGCGCCCGCCCGCCCCCGCUCGACUUCGGCUGGAGUCUCGCCGAGGUGUUGUCAGCCGACGCGGAGAAGAACGAUAAGAAGAAAGAGGAAGAGUCGAAAAAGGAACAGAAAGAGAAGGAAGACAAGCCGGGGGACGACUCGGCCGACACCACGACGGAUGGUGCGGCCGACGAGGGCGGGGCGGAGACGAAGACCAUCAACGACAUACUGCAGGAGAAGGAGGAUGCGGAAAACGGCUUCGAGAUUGGCACGUGGAGUAACGAGAUGGCGUCCUCGAUACCGGAGGACACUGACUUCGACGAAUACCUAGAGCCUCUACCUCCGAAUCUUACCUUCUGCACUUCCGCUUCCGGCAGCGCGAGCUGGUGCGACCCGAUCCAGAAGCCCAAGAGCGAGUUCAACCCGACGCGGAGCUACUCGGUGGCGGACAGCGACUGCUCCUACAUGUCCAGCGACUUCGACACCGACGACUCGGACCUGGACAGCGAGUGCAGCGACGAGGACACCGACAACAGCGGCUUCUGCAGCAGCAAGCACUCCAACGCGGCCAUGGGAGUCCGCAUAGAGUACAGGACGGCGCACGAGGCGGAGGCCGUGGACGUCGGCGGCAACGACAAGGUCAACCCGGCGCCCGCAGCGGACCCCCGGCUGGAGGGGCAGGACCUCGAGCUGCAGAGGCGCAUCAUCAGGGAUGGGCUCGCGCCGCAAGAGCACAUUGAGAGGUUUCGUUCCUCCGUGGCCGCACACAAGGAGCACAUCACGAGGAACUGCUUGAUACAACGUGACGAGCCCGUCGGGGAAGUAUUGCCGCCGUUGAUCACGCAAAAAACGACCUUAAACACACCGAACGUAGAGGCGAAAGUCCUGGAGAUGUUCCCGUACGGCACACGAGAGCUGCGGCACGCGGACGACGGACGUCUCACGCUGCAGAGCGUCGAGCGAAACAAACGCUUCAUACUGAAUCAUUUGAAAACGAACCUUAAGCCUGAAGAGAUAAAGUCUUUAUUCUGUUUCUCGAUGAAGGACAUAGACAUUGACGCUCCCGAUUACGUGGACGAGAAAAUAACGAAUAUAGGCUUCGACGACGGAGACAAAUACAAUAUGAGCAACGAAUUUAAACCUUAUUACGAAGAUGAUAAGGGCGGUCAGAAGAGGGAGUUCGACUUUGAUUUUCAACCGGUUCUAGAAGGACAUCCGGGUCCGAGUCCCAGCGUGAUACUGCAGGCGCUGACGAUGUCGAACGCCAACGACGGCAUCAACCUCGAGAGGCUGGAGACCGUCGGGGACAGCUUCCUGAAGUUCGCGAUCACCGCGUACCUGUACUGCGCGCACCCCAACGUGCAUGAGGGGAAGCUCAGCCACAUGCGGAGCAAGCAGGUGUCGAACCUGAACCUGUACCGUCUCGGGCGCAACAAGCAGCUCGGCAGCAGGAUGAUCGCCUCCAAGUUCGAGCCGCACGACAACUGGCUGCCCCCCUGCCACGAGCCGCCCCCCACCCUCCACCCCAAGCUCAACCUGAACGGUCAAGAUAAGAAACAGAACGUGGAUUCGUCUCCGGAGAACGUUGGAUGCUUCAUCCCUUAUAACCUGAUAACGCAGCACAGCAUCCCGGACAAGUCGAUAGCGGACUGCGUGGAGGCGCUGAUCGGCGCCUACCUGCUGGAGUGCGGGCCGCGGGGCGCGCUGCUGUUCAUGUCGUGGCUCGGCAUCGCCGUGCUGCCGCGACACCUCGCCGCGCUCCCUCACACGCACUCGACCUCGGAGCAGCGGGAAACGUCGGCGGAGCCGCCCCCCGCGCGCCGCAGGGUCGGCUCGCUGCCCCCCUACAGGGACCGCCAGGGGAACUGGGUCCAGCAAGUGUACGGCGAACUGAAAGCUCCGCCGUCGCCGCUGCUCCGCUACGUGGAGGACCCUGAGGGUGAGCUGGAGAAGAUGCUGUCCGGCUACGAGCAGCUGGAGCGCGUGCUGCAGUACAGGUUCCGGGACCGCUCGCUGCUGCUGCAGGCGAUGACGCACGCGUCGCACCACAGGAACGUGCUCACCGACUGCUACCAGCGGCUCGAGUUCCUCGGCGACGCCAUACUCGAUUACCUGAUCACGCGUCACCUGUACGAAGACAAGCGCUGCCACUCGCCGGGAGCCCUCACCGACCUCCGCUCGGCGCUGGUCAACAACACCAUCUUCGCGACCCUGGCGGCCAGACACGGCUUUCACAAAUAUUUCAGACACAUGUCGCCCGGCUUGAACGAGGUGCUGAAGAAAUACGUGAAGAUACAAGAGGAGAACGGACACUCUAUAAGCGAAGAGCACUAUCUGAUCCACGAAGACGAGAUGGAGCAGGCGGAGGACGUGGAGGUGCCCAAGGCGCUCGGAGACCUCUUCGAGUCGGUCGCCGGCGCCAUAUUCCUGGACUCGGGCAUGUCGCUGGGCGCCGUGUGGAAGUCGUACGGGCGGCUGAUGGGCCGCGAGCUGGAGGCCUUCAGCGCGGCCGCGCCCAAGUCGCCCGUCCGCGAGCUGCUCGAGGCCGAACCCGACACCGCCAAGUUCGGCAAGCCGGAGCGGCUGGCGGACGGGCGGCGCGUGCGCGUGUGCGUGGAGGUGUUCGGGCGCGGCACGUUCCGCGGCGUCGGACGCAACUACCGGAUCGCCAAGGGGACCGCCGCGCGCUGCGCCCUGCGACACCUGCGCCGGGGACGGUGCUCCGCGCGCCCCCCUCCACACACGCACUCGCCCUACCAUGACGUACAGUGAUCCUCAAACUUUACACAUCCAAUCUAUAUCUAUAUAUAAAUGAAUUGCUGUUCGUUAAUCUCGCCAAAACUCGAGAACGGCUGGACUUGAAUUAUUUGUGAAAGUCCAGAGAAGGUUUAAA